AUGGCCACCACGGAGCGCCCCGCCAAUGUCGGCAUCCUCGCCAUGGAGUGGUACGCGCCGCAGACCUACGUCGCGCAGACGUCCCUGGAGGAGCAGGACGGCUGCGGCGGCAAGUACGUCGUGGGCCUCGGCCAGGAGGCCAUGGCCUUCGUCGACGACCGCGAAGACAUCGGCAGCGUGCUGCUGACGGCCUGCCGCCGCCUCCUGACGGGCUUCGGCGUCGCCCCGGCGGACGUGGGCCGCCUCGAGGUGGGCACGGAGACGCUCGUCGACAAGUCCAAGUCCGUCAAGACGACGCUGCUCCAGCUCUUCGGCGACCACCGCGACGUCGAGGGCGUCUCGAGCGUGAACGCGUGCUACGGCGGCACGGCGGCGCUGCUCAACGCCUGCGCCUGGGUCGAGUCGAGCGCCUGGGACGGCAAGUACGCCGUCGUCGUCUGCGGCGACAUCGCCGUCUACGAGCCCGGGCCCGCGCGGCCGUCGGGCGGUUGCGGCGCCGUCGCGCUCCUCGUCGGGCCCGGCGCGCCCCUGGCGCUCGAGCCCGCGCGGGCGACGCACGCCAUGGACGUCUGGGACUUCUACAAGCCCCACCACUCGGAGUUCGCGGCCGUCGACGGCAAGCUGUCGCAGGCGUGCUACCUCCGGUCCGUCGACGGCUGCUGGGCCGGGCUCAAGCGCAAGGCGCCGGCGGCGACGACGCUCGACGCCUUCGACCACUGCGUCUUCCACGCGCCCUACAACAAGCUCGUCCAGAAGGGCUUCGCGCGCCUCGCGCUCGGCGACGACGUCCUCGCGGGGCGCGUGGCCGACCCGCCGGCGGCCGACUGGUGCGCCGCGGGCGCCGCUCCCUACGAGGCCUCCCUCGCGGACCGGGGCCUGGACGCGGCGCUCCGCAAGGCGAGCGCGGGCGCCUACGACGCCAAGGUCGCGCCCGCGACGCUCAUCCCGAAGCAGAUCGGCAACACGUACACGGCGUCGGUCUUCGCGGGGUUGCUGUCCCUCGUCGCGGACCGGGGCGACGCGCUCGCGGGCAAGCGCGUGCUCCUCUUCUCCUACGGCUCCGGGUCCGUCGCGACCAUGUACGCCUUCAAGGGGCGCGAGGCCGACGACGCCAAGUUCGCCCUGGGGGAGACGCGGCGCGUCGCGGACGUGCCCGCGCGCCUCGCGGCCCGCGCGCCCUGCUCCGCGGCCCACUUCGCGCGCGCCUGCGACGUGCGCGUCGAGCGCUACGGCAAGCCCGGCUACGCGCCGACGGGCGCCGCCGAGACCGACGGCGCGGCGCCCGUGCCCCUCGCGGCGGACGCGUUCGCGCUCGCGGCCGUCGACGACAAGCACAUCCGCUCCUACGUCGCGCCCGCGAACUAG